GGCGCGCGGGGCCGGCCGGGAGCGGCCGGGCCGGGGCUGCGGGGGGCGAGCGAGCGGCCGCGCCGGGCCGGGCCGGGCCCCGCCAUGGCGGCCGAGGGGAAGGUGACGGGGCAGAGCCAGGAGCAGUUCCUGCUGCUGGCCAAGGCGGCCCGCGGCGCCGCGCUCGCCAGCCUGAUCCACCAGGUGCUGGAGGCCCCGGGCAUCUACGUGUUCGGGGAGCUGCUGGACAUGCCCGCCGUCCGCGAGCUGGCCGACAGCGAGUUCUCCCCCGUGUUCCGCCUCCUCACCAUCUUCGCCUACGGCACCUACGCGGACUACCUGGCUGAAGCAGCAAACCUCCCUCCCUUGACAGAGGCCCAGAAGAACAAACUGAGGCACCUGUCAGUCGUCACUCUGGCUGCCAAGAUCAAGUGCAUCCCCUACUCAGUGCUGCUGGAGCAGUUGCAGCUGAAGAAUGUCCGGCAGCUGGAGGACCUGGUGAUUGAGGCUGUGUACGCAGAUGUGCUGCGAGGGAGCUUGGAUCAACGGAACCAGCGCCUGGAGGUGGAUUACAGCAUUGGGAGGGACAUCCGCAGGGAGGAGCUUAGCACCAUCACCCGCACAUUGCAGGAGUGGUGCCAGGGCUGCGAGGUUGUGCUGUCGGGCAUCGAGGAGCAGGUCAGCCGUGCCAACCAGCACAAAGAGCAGCAGCUGGCCCUGAAGCAGCAGAUCGAGAGCGAGGUGGCAAACCUGAAGAAGACCAUUAAAGUGACAACGGCAGCUGCUGCAGCAGCCACGUCCCAGGACCCAGAGCAGCACCUCACGGAGCUCAGGGAGCCGGCCCCUGGCACCAACCAGCGCCAGGCGAGCAAGAAAACCUCCAAAGCCAAAGGGCUCCGGGGCAGCACGAAGAUUUGGUCUAAAUCAAACUAGUUGGAUCUCCCUUCACAACUGGGAGGGCAGCGUCUCCCUCCUUUUCAUCGCAGCAUUUCACACUCUGAGCUUCAGGUUGUACGCGUUGCUGUUUCCCCAACCGCUCAAGCCCCCGUCGCCACGGCCACGUGUGUCUCUCUUUCUCUCUCCCUGUCUUUUGACAGGUCAAUUUCAGGAGCCAUAAAGGUGUGACAGUCACCUUGGCACCCCCAGGGCAUCACAAAAGCUUGGAAAGAGGGUGCUGGUGCGCAGCAGUCGUUUUGGCUCUAUGAGACACCCCUGGGAUCUUUGCUCCAGGACACCGUCUUUGAUUGUUUAAUCUUUGUUUUGCUAGGUGGGAGGGUAGUUUUUGAAGGGAUUCUUUUAAAAAUAUAAAAAUAUAUUAUAAAUAUCUAUAAAACAAUAAAAAUAUAGAUCUAUGGACAUAUCUAUACAAACCUGUGCUCCUGUGGGCGGCAUCUCUUUGCCUUGUAUGCCAGUUCUGGAGGUUCCAAAAUAAGCUGUGAUAUUAAGAGCCUUUGUCCCAUUUUGGGGUGGAAUAUCCUCAAAAUACUAGGUUCCCUUUUCAAAGGUAGUGCCACAGUGUCUCUGUUGGGAUGAGAGUCCAUAAAACAGAAAUUAAUCAUAAAUCUUA